AUGACCACCUGCUGCAGCACAACCGCGCACAUUCCGGCGAGAGACCCUUCACCUGCUCCACCUGUGGCAAGAGCUUCAAGACGGUGGGUGCACACGAGUGAGAGGCCCUUCACCUGCUCCACCUGCGGCAAGAGCUUUGCCAAGUUGUUGGGGCUGCGGGUGCACCGGCGAGUGCACAGCAGUGAGCGGCCCUUCACCUGCACCGACUGCGGCAAAGGCUUCAAGUCGUUGCCAGAGCUGAAGCAGCACCGGCAUGUGCACACCGGGGAGCGGCCCUACACCUGCAAUGACUGCGGCAAGGGCUUCACCCGCUCCAGCAACCUGCUGUUGCACCAGCGCACCCACAGUGGCGAGCGCCCCUACACCUGCGCCCAGUGCGGUAAGGGCUUCGCCCAGUCCGGCACCCUGCUGGAGCACCAGCGCACCCACACAGGCGAGCACCCCUACACCUGCACCCAGUGUGGCAAAGGCUUCACCCGGUCCGGCAGCCUGCUGGCGCACCAGCGCACCCACUCCGGCGAGCGCCCCUUCACCUGCGUCCAGUGCGGCAAGGGCUUCACCCAUUCCAGCAGCCUGAUGAUGCACCAGCGCACCCACACUGGCGAGCGCCCCUACACCUGCACCCAGAGCGGCAAGGGCUUCAGAUCCUCCAGCAACCUGCUGGUGCACCAGCGCACCCACACUGGCGAGCGCCCCUACACCUGCGCUCAGUGCGGCAAGGGCUUCACCCAGUCCGGCACCCUGCUGUUGCACCAGCGCACCCACACUGGCGAGCGCCCCUACACAUGCACCCAAAGCGGCAAGGGCUUAAGCUCCUCCAGCCACCUGCUGAGGCACCAGCGCACCCACACUGGCGAGCGCCUCUACACCUGCACCCAAUGCGGCAAGAGAUUCACCCGCUCGACCUAUCUGCUGUCCCACCAGCGGGUGCACGCCGGCGACUGUCCCUUCACCAGCUCGAUCUCACCACCCGUCUGGCAAAUUGAUUAA